GAGAGAGAGGCGGUUACAGUGACUCAGAGAGAGAGAGAGCAGAGAACGGUGGGGAGAAGUCGAUAAGUUUCAAGUAAGGAACAACUCUAAAAGCGUUUAUUUUAACUCGACUGUGGUGUUUGUCGCUCCUUCCCGCCUAGUGGAAUGAAAUGCUGUUACGUGGGUGACUCGAAAGGUGCGGCAGAGAGCCAGGCUGACUCCGAACUGCCCCACCUGGCCCAGUCCGAGCCGCCCGGCUCAGGGGACAGGAUUCCAGGGGGUUCGUCGCCAUGUCAUAAUACCCUCCAAUCCCCUGCGAAAACCCUGUCCCCCCCUCCCCCUCUUUCCCCUCCCUCUCCCUCCUCCUCCUCUUCUUCCUCCUCUUUCCCUGACCUCCCUGAAGUCCCUCAGCCCAGCCACAGCAUUCCCUCAGGAGAGAUGAGUCUAAAUCAUCAGCCCCAGGGCUCGGAGAGGGAUCUCCCCUCCGCGGCAUCAUCAGUCAGCCUUCCCUCUGUUAGGAAAACACCUAAAAAGCGGCGCCUCUCUCUCCGCUCGCUCUUCAGACGGCGCCGUGGUGAACCCAAGUCUCGUAAGUCCCGUGCCCUGGCUGGAGGAGUGGAUGGCAUCGCGAGCAUCGAGAGUGUUCACUCUGAACUUCAGAAUCAGCAGCAGCAUGUAGACCAUUCCUCCUCUCUCUCCACUCCCGGAGUGGCCUCCACUUCCUCCUCCUCCUCUUCUUCCUCAGAGCUGCUGGAGUGUCCGCUCUGUCUGCUGCGGCACACCCGUGACCGCUUUCCCGAUAUCAUGACCUGUCACCACCGCUCCUGUGCAGACUGCCUGCGACAGUAUCUACGCAUUGAGAUCUCCGAAAGCAGGGUCAACAUCAGCUGCCCUGAGUGCUCUGAGCGCUUCAAUCCGCAUGACAUUCGCAUGAUACUUGGAGACCGCGUUCUCAUGGAGAAGUACGAGGAGUUUAUGCUCCGCCGCUGGCUCGUGGCCGACCCCGACUGCCGCUGGUGCCCUGCCCCUGACUGCGGGUAUGCAGUUAUUGCCUUCGGCUGUGCCAGCUGCCCAAAGAUCACGUGUGGACGCGAUGGCUGUGGGACGGAGUUUUGUUACCACUGCAAACAACUUUGGCACCCAAACCAAACCUGCGAUGCUGCGAGACAGCAGAGAGCUCAGAGCCUCCGACUGCGGCCUUUUAGAUCGUCCUCACUCAGCUACAGCCAGGAGAGCGGGGCUGCAGCAGACGACAUAAAGCCUUGUCCCCGCUGUGCCGCCUACAUCAUCAAGAUGAAUGAUGGUAGCUGUAAUCACAUGACGUGUGCUGUUUGUGGCUGCGAGUUCUGCUGGCUCUGCAUGAAAGAAAUCUCUGACCUGCACUACUUAAGCCCUUCAGGGUGCACAUUCUGGGGUAAGAAGCCCUGGAGCCGGAAGAAGAAAAUCCUCUGGCAGUUGGGGACGCUGGUGGGUGCGCCAAUUGGCAUCGCACUGAUUGCUGGCAUCGCCAUCCCUGCCAUGAUCAUUGGUAUUCCUGUGUAUGUGGGCAGAAAGAUUCAUAACCGCUACGAGGGAAAGGACAUCUCAAAGCACAAGAGGAACCUGGUAAUAGCGGGUGGAGUGACUCUCUCCGUUAUUGUGUCACCCGUAGUGGCUGCAGUGACUGUUGGUAUUGGAGUCCCUAUCAUGCUGGCAUACGUUUAUGGCGUGGUGCCCAUCUCACUGUGUCGCAGUGGAGGCUGUGGUGUAUCAGCAGGAAAUGGUAAAGGUGUACGCAUCGAGUUUGAUGAUGAAAACGACAUGAAUGUGGGGAGCGGUGCACCUGCAACUGACACAACGUCCGUUGCAGAGACCAGGAAUAACCCCAGCAUCGGUGAGGGCAGUGUGGGAGGACUGACUGGCAGCCUGAGCGCUAGCGGAAGCCACAUGGAGCGCAUCGGAGCCAUGAGAGACAACCUGAGUGAAAACGCCAGCACCAUGGCCCUCGCAGGAGCCAGCAUCACCGGCAGUCUGUCUGGCAGUGCCAUGGUUAACUGCUUUAACAGGCUGGAGGUUCAGGCUGAUGUCCAGAAGGAGCGCUGCAGUCUGAGUGGAGAGUCUGGCACAGUUAGCCUGGGGACAAUCAGUGACAACGCUAGUACCAAAGCAAUGGCUGGAUCCAUUCUAAAUGCUUACAUGCCUCUGGACAGAGAUGGCAGCAGUAUGGAGGUGCAGGUAGACGUGGAAUCCAAGCUUGGGAAGCUGCGUCACCACAGCGGCAGCAGCAGUAUGGACGACAGCAGCACGGGGGGCCGCGGGGGCGGCAUGUGUUCCUCCAGCUGUCCACACGAAGGCAAGUGUGGCUCUUCCCGCUGGGCCAAGGAGUCUUCAUCGUCCUCCUCCUCCGGCAAGAAGAGCAAAGGCAAACUACGCAAAAAGAGUGGCGGCACGAAAAUAAACGAAACGCGAGAGGACAUGGACGCUCAACUGUUGGAGCAGCGCAGCACCAACUCCAGCGAAUUCGAUUCGCCCUCUCUGAGCGGGAGCCUGCCGUCUGUGGCCGAUUCGCACUGCAGCCACUUCUCAGAGUUCAGCUGCUCCGACCUGGACGCCUGCCGUCCACACGAACUGCAUUCUAGGCCUUCGAAUGCAGCCGGGGCAGUCAGCCCCCUACCUGAAGUAGAGCACGAUCGGCUGGAAAACUGCCCCGCCCCGGUUCUUCUGUCCCAGGCUUCUGCUGCUGUAAGCACGAGCGGAGUGGAACGGCCCCUUUGCCACAUCACUGAGGAGAACGUAGGCCUGGUUUGUGCACCCGAGUCGGACCCCAGUGUUACUGCAGGUUCUCCUAAAGAACGUAAUAAUAACCUCCAACAGCCAGCGAGCCCUGUGCGCAAUGCCUGCAUUCAGACUGAGAUAUAGUGCUCCAAAAAUAAACAAAAAUAUUAAACCAAUGGUUGUGACAUCACAACACCGUAAGCCAGGAGCCAGGAGAUGAGCUAACCCAAAUGCUAGCUUUCAAAGCUAACCUCACAGCCGAUUUUCUUGCUGAGGAUUAUUGCACACUGACUGUUUUUUUUCUUUCAUAUAUAUUAUAUAUUAUAAAAAAAGCAAAGCUUGUGUCUUUUGGUUUUGUGGCAGUUUUUUUUUUUUCCAAGUUGGCCGUUGAUCACAGAAUGUGACGGUGGGUGUCUUUAAAGACGGGACAUGCUGCGAUUUAAAAAGAUUUAAAAUAAAAAAAAAAAAAAAGAGAAAGUGAGCAGUCGCUCAAAAAGGGUUUCAGAGGUAACUGUUGAUGUGACUGGGUGCCAUUUUGGCUUCACCUAUUACAGAAUGGCUAAAGCUUGGAGUAAACUUGUGAAAAGCAACAGAUGAAUGUAGGAAGGCAAGUGAUGGACAGAUACGGAUGUUGGCUGAUGAUGUAGCUGUUUAAUCACAUAUGCCUCUAUUUCAGUGACGGUUGCUGUGAUCGGGGGUUUUAUUUUUAUUUGUUUUUUUUUUUCCGCCUGAGCCUCAUGAAUUGUGGGCUAGUGCUUUCAGGCGUCAGACAUU